AUGAACACACAGCCGUUAUUUGAGAAUGAUUGUAUAAAUUUAAUUGAACUAUGUAAUACUAACCCAGAAUUGGCCAAUCGUCUUAUAAAUAAUACCGUUGAGUUUCCUUUCAUUUACUAUAAAUCGUUAAAUCAAGUUCCUUAUAUUCUUUUUAAAAAUUUGUCCUUCAGUUCUAAGAAUAUUAACAAAAUUAUAGGCAUACGUGGAACUAUAAUCAAAACUGGACAGGUUUUACUUAAAAAUACAAAAACAGAAUAUACUUGUCUUAAGUGUAAUUUUAAAGGAUUUAUCAGCGACAUUGAUAAUUCUCUAAAAUUUAGUGUACUAUGUGAAUCAUGUGGUUCUAAUUCUGUUGUCAAUAAAGAAUGUUUAAAUGAAGCUGUAAAGACACAAACUUUGCGUGUUCAAAAUAUAGGAAGCUUAAGUAACAUAACAGACUUAUACGAAAUUUAUUUAGAAGGAGAAUCUGCAGGAAAGUUUCAAGCAGGAUCUGAGGUUAUAAUCUGUGGUAUCUUAAAAUUGAAAUGGAAACCAUUAAAGGUAAAUGAACUUAUUAAUACUUCGUUAUAUAUACAUUGCCUACAUAUAAUAAAAUCGGAAAAUGAUGAUAAAUUUAAAAAUGACGAUUUAGAUGAAUUUGCUGAUUUUUUUUCAAAAAGCAAUUUUAAUAAGCGAAAGUUUUUAAUUGAAUCAUUUACUUCUGAUAUUUAUGGACAUUCAAAUGUAAAACUCGGACUUCUUUUGGUUUUAGCAAAUCAAUAUAAAGAAGAAUCAAAAACUGAUUCUAAUACACGACAGCUUUCUCAUGUACUUCUUUUAGGCGAUACAGGUACUGCAAAAACACAAUUAUUAAAAAUUUGUUCUAAAUUGGUAACACCUGCAAUUAUGACAAAUGGUAUAGGUACAAGUAACGCCGGGUUAACCUCUUGUGCGGUUAAGCAUGGGAAAGAAUGGGGAUUAGAAGCUGGUGCAUUGUUGUUAGCAGAUUUGGGGAUCUGUUGUAUUGAUGAAUUUAAUAAAUUAAAAGUAAAUGAAAAGGGCGGUUUAUUAGAAGCUAUGGAGCAACAGACAUUAAGUAUAGCAAAGGCGGGUAUUUUAUCGACCUUAAAUACAAGAUGUUCAAUUAUCGCUGCUUGCAACACAAAGCAUCAGUAUGAUAAAAAUAAAAAUGUAUCAGAAAAUACGCUUAUUAGUACACCUUUAAUUAGUCGAUUUGAUCUGAUUUUUGGAUUAUUUGAUACAAAAAAUAGAACUAAAGACGAAAAUAUAGCAGAUAAAAUUCUUGAUAGAAUUAAUUUUCGUCUAGAAGAUAAGGCUAAGCCUAGCCAUCUUUGGACGUUGUGCAAAUUGAAGAAUUUUCUUCAUUCAAUACGUCGAAAAGAAUGUGCAAUAGAUGAAGCGAAUUCUAAUAUUUUACUUAAAUAUUAUUUAAAAAAAAAGACAAAAGAAGGACCAAAUGAAUUUAAUACGAUACGUAUGCUUGAAAGUUUGGUUCGUUUAUCUGAGACUCAUGCAAAAAUUUUAGGUAAAAAAGUUGUGGAAGAAGAAGAUGUUUUCAGUGUAAUAUUAUUGUUUGAAACUACUAUUAGUUCCACAUCACUUAUAUCACUCAAAUAUGACGAGCUGUUUAUUAAUGAAAGUGUUUACGAAGAAUCGGUAAAUUACAUAAAAAAAAUUUAUUUAAUUUCAUAA